GAAAACCUAAUCAUGGCGAGACUACUUUUGCUGCUAUCCGUUUGCGUUUCAUUGUUCGCGGCGAAAUCAUGGGCGUCGGACAUGUCAAUCAUCUCCUACGACGCGACGCACGGCGGAGGCUCGCGUUCACACGACGCGUUGAUGUCGCUGUACGAGGCGUGGUUGGUGAAGCAUGGAAAGAGUUACAACGAUCUCGGAGAGAAGGAGGAGAGGUUCGGGAUUUUUGUGGAGAAUCUGAGGUACAUUGACGAGCAGAACGCCGUACCGAAUCGGAGUUUCAAACUCGGUUUGAAUCGGUUCGCUGAUUCGACUAACGAGGAGUAUCGGAAAAUGUAUCUCGGCGUCAGACGCGACGGAAACCGUCGAUUGACUGGUGCGAUGACCGGCCGUUACGAUCCGAAGGUCGGCGACAGUUUGCCGGAUUCCGUCGACUGGAGGAAAAAUGGCGCCGUCGUUCCGGUCAAGGAUCAAGGCAGUUGUGGGAGUUGCUGGGCUUUCUCUACAAUUGCUACAGUCGAAGGUAUAAACCAGAUUGUGACUGGAAACUUGACCUCACUUUCGGAGCAAGAGCUUGUCGACUGUGACAGAUCUUAUAACCAAGGCUGCAAUGGCGGUCUUAUGGACUACGCUUUCGAAUUCAUCAUAAAAAAUGGCGGCAUCGACACUGAGGAAGACUAUCCGUACAAAGCCAAGGAUGGCAAAUGUGAUCAAUACAGGAAAAAUGCGAAAGUUGUGUCGAUAGACGGCUACGAAGACGUUAAACCCCGCAGCGAGAAAGCUCUGAAAAAGGCCGUCGCGCACCAGCCGGUAGCCGUUGCAAUCGAAGCUGGCGGGAGGGACUUCCAGCUCUAUGAAUCAGGCGUUUUCACCGGAAAAUGCGGCACCAGGCUGGAUCACGGCGUGACAGUUGUUGGAUACGGCGCAGAAAAUGGACGGGACUACUGGAUCGUCAAGAACUCGUGGGGAUCGAGAUGGGGCGAGGAGGGCUACAUCCGGAUGGCGCGAAACGUGCCUGACAAAUCCGGCCUAUGCGGGAUCACAUCGGAGCCGUCGUACCCAAUCAAAACCGGGCAGAACCCACCCAACCCAGGACCCUCCCCGCCGUCACCCGUCGCGCCGCCCACCGUCUGCGACAAAUACUACGAAUGCCCUGAGGGCACGACUUGCUGCUGCGCCUACGAGUACGGCAACUUCUGCCUCGCCUGGAGCUGCUGCCCGCUCGAGGGCGCUACGUGCUGUGACGAUCACCAGAGCUGCUGCCCGCACGACUACCCUGUUUGCGACAUCAAAGCCGGGACCUGUUCGAUUAGGAAGGAGAGCCUGUUGGCGACGAAGGCGAUAACGCAAAUUCUCGCGAACCCGAUCAGGAAUUCCGGCGGAAGGAGCAGUUCUUGAACCAACUGGUAAUUUAUGUACAGUCAAGUUAGUUCUUUCUAUUUGCUUUUCUAUGAACAAAUUGUGCUUUGUUUUUUUGGACAACCCUUUGAUCCUUGGUUUUUGUAAGAUGCUACUUCUGCUGCUAUUAUUAAUGUUCUUGAAAUUAAUUAAUGUU